GCGCGCAGCGGGGCCAUGGCGGCGGCGGCGCGGGCGGGCGGCACCGUGCGGGGCAGCAGCGGGGCCCUGCGCGGCGGGGAGAAGCAGUGCUCGUGGGCGUCCUACAUGACCAACUCGCCCACCCUCAUCGUGAUGAUCGGGCUGCCCGCCCGCGGCAAGACCUACGUCUCCAAGAAGCUCACGCGCUACCUCAACUGGAUCGGGGUGCCCACGCGAGUGUUUAAUUUAGGGGUGUACCGCCGGGAAGCAGUGAAGUCGUACAAGUCCUAUGACUUCUUCAGGCACGAUAACAAGGAGGCCAUGGAGAUCCGCAAGCGCUGUGCCUUGGUGGCUCUAGAAGAUGUGAAAGCUUACCUCCUGGAGGAGUGCGGGCAAAUCGCUGUGUUUGAUGCGACCAACACAACUCGAGAAAGACGGGACCUGAUCUUAAAUUUUGCUAAAGAAAACGCUUUCAAGGUGUUCUUCGUGGAGUCCGUCUGUGACGACCCGGAGGUGAUUGCUGCCAACAUCCUGGAAGUGAAAGUUUCCAGCCCCGACUACCCAGAGAGAAACAGGGAGAAUGUGAUGGAUGAUUUCCUGAAGAGGAUCGAGUGCUACAAGGUCACCUACCAGCCCUUGGAUCCCGACGAGUACGACAAAGAUCUUUCCUUCAUUAAAGUGAUCAAUGUGGGACAGCGGUUCCUAGUAAACAGAGUCCAGGAUUACAUCCAGAGUAAAAUCGUCUAUUACCUAAUGAACAUUCAUGUCCAGCCGCGUACCAUCUACCUUUGCCGACAUGGUGAGAGUGAAUAUAAUCUUGUUGGCAAGAUUGGUGGGGAUUCUGGUCUGUCACCACGAGGGAAGCAGUUUGCCCAGGCUCUGAAGAAGUUCAUUGAGGAGCAGGAAAUCGUCGACCUGAAGGUUUGGACGAGCCAGCUGAAGAGGACGAUCCAGACGGCCGAGUCGCUGGGGGUGACAUACGAGCAGUGGAAGAUUCUCAACGAGAUCGAUGCCGGGGUAUGUGAAGAAAUGACCUACGCAGAAAUUGAAGCCAAGUAUCCUGACGAGUUUGCCUUGAGGGAUCAAGAAAAAUACCUUUAUCGCUAUCCUGGAGGAGAGUCCUACCAGGACUUGGUUCAGCGCCUGGAGCCGGUAAUUAUGGAGCUGGAACGUCAAGGCAACGUCCUCGUUAUCUCCCACCAGGCAGUUAUGAGGUGCCUCUUGGCUUAUUUUCUUGACAAGAGCGCAGACGAGCUGCCCUACCUGCGGUGCCCCCUGCACACCAUCCUCAAGCUCACCCCGGUUGCGUACGGUUGUAAAGUGGAGACAAUUACCCUGAACGUGGAAGCAGUGAACACCCACCGCGACAAACCUUCUCUGAACUCGAGGAUGGCUGGUUUAGCCAUGUAGAGGCCGGUGGCUUCACCUCGAAGGCGGCCGGGACGUCAGUGGCCGGGAGGAGUGCGGCGCGGGGAGCCCUGAGCCGGUGGCACCGCGGGGAGCACAGUGAGCCCUGGGCACUCCGGCCAGCAGUGUCCUCGCUCGUGUGCUUCGCAGCCUCUGUGUCCUGUCCUUCCGAAUGCCGAAAUGUCUACCAGUGACACUGGAGAGAUUUUUAUCAUGAAGAUUUUUAAACCGCUUUUAAUGUGCAUGUGUGUGCGUGAGCGAGCACGUCCCUGAGCCUGUUGGGAGAGGUGCGUGCUGCUCGGCCCCGCAGGGGUCGGGGUCAUCCCCUGCACCUCUCCUCCCGUCGGAUGGCGUGAGUAUCUGCAGUGUGUGCGAGGAUGAAGCUGUUUUCUGCACAUUUCUGUACUUGCUGAAGUAGCUUUUAUUGGAAGAUGUUCUCAGCACGCCUAAUCCCAUUUAACUUUGCUUUCGUGGCUGCUGAUUUGAAUCCCCAGACCUGAGCCUCUUCCUUUGGUUUGGGAAGGGUUUUUUUGCACGUGGCAAUGCAGAAGGUGUGCAUGGGGUUGGCUGAUCCCUGGAGAAGCCCCCUAUGGGGGGACAGAAGUGCCCAGUGCCCUCUGCGAACAGCUGAGCUGCCAGUGCUGCUGCUCCUGCUGCAAGCCUUGCCGUGUCCGCCUUUCUUCUGGGCUCUGUGGAUGCUUUUCUCUCUUGCAACAGAAAAUGCUUGCUCUGCCCUGCACUGCCUUGCUCCUGCAUUCCACAUUUGACGUCCUGUUCCUUUUACCUUAGCCAGAACCUCUCAAAAUAAGCUCGGAUGUUUGUCCCUGCGUGCUCGCGCACGAGCAUUGCAUCCACAGGGCUUGGUUUGUAGACAGAGGUUGAGUAACAUUAAUUCUGCAGAACAUUUCCUAUUUCUCAAGUUACUGUUGUUUUCAGAGGCUAUGGGUGAGGUGAAGAGGAGCAGCGAGGAGGUACAGUUGUCUCUUGUACCAAGUUUUAGGCCCGCAACACAUUUCUGAACUUGCAUACGAUUAAGCUGUGAAAGUUACUGCUGUUUAAUGCUGCCUUUCAGAGAGUUUAAGCUCUUUUAGUACUUAGGACAUGGUGCAACUCCUGCGGCACUGGCUGCCAGUUGCUGGAGCACCCUGCCGAGCCGGGGGGCAAGCGACCCCCCGGAUGUUCAGUUUUGUCCCACGAGCCUUGACUUGUGUUUUGCUAAACUCCAUUUGUCUCACUCCUACUGUUCUCAGACUCCUACAGUCUUUUAUAACAAAGACAAAACUGUCAGGCUUGCAGUCCCAAGGUUAGGUGAAGAAACGAGCGUUUAGGUACAAGCAGGAGGCUGUCACGGACCUGCUGCUUCCAGUAACUCCAGGAUCUGUGUGAGCAACCUCUGGGACCCAGGCCGCUGAUUUUAAAGGCGUAAAUAAAUGCCAGGCACACCCCAUCUGAGCCCCAGAAAUGCAGGCUUUCUCUGCCCUUGCUGCCACAGAGCUCAGCAGCCCGAAGCCUGAGGUUUACCUGGGGAUUUUGAGAGCUCAGAGCCAGUUGUUUUAAACAUUCCCUGAGCUUUAAUUCUCUAAAGCUGAGAUAGAGAGGGCCACGGUUACGGUGCUUAGAAAUAAACCAGAAAAAAGGGAAGGAGGGAAAAAGGGGUGAAAAAAAUGAAGGAAGAGGUUUAUAGCCUAUAUAGCAUAGCAGUGCUUGCUUGUGCUUUCUGCCCCUUUCUGCAGUAAUCCUCUAAAUGCACAAAGUGGCACCGGGACAGGCUGCCUGCCUCUACAAACCUGCUGCACGGAAAGAGCCCGUGGAAACGCACUGUGAGAUGUUAACGCACAACAUGCUGUCAUGGCCUUACACGGUGAUAAGGAGUUAAUUCUGUUUGUAUCAGUGAGUGGCUAAUGGCUGUACCGAGACAGAUGUCUCUUUUUACCUGCCAGAACUCACCAAUGUAGCUGCUAAUACAUUGGCAGUCGUAACUUUUAAAUCACUGCUAAAAAUCAGGAUGGAGCCUCCCAGACCCACCUGCAGGAGUCAGGAUGCGAGCCUCAGUGUUAAAGCCUAAUUAUAGCUUCUCCUCCUGCUUUUUAACUUUUAAAAGGUGUAAAUAUGUGUGUCUGUAAAGCAGGGCAUUGGAAAAUGUUGUGGAGACCAUGUACGGGUGAUGCUAGCGAGCGCAUGCCUCUCCCCAUGCCCAAACGGCCGGGUGGGUGCCAGGUAUUUCCUUGAAACCACCUGAUUCCCUUGGCACUAUUCACGCAAAUACCCCAGAAUAAACAAAGAUUGCACAAUUUACAUGAAUUUAAGAUUAGCAGGGGCUUGUGCUGGUGGUCAUAGCGGAGCCGUUGUGUUAGGCUGAGCAGAUCCAAGCCCUGUUCAAAGCACUCCGGUAGUUCACAAAGGGCUGAGCGUAGGUGUGUGGAAGUGGACUUGUCUGCUUCAUGAGCGUUGCACCAAGACUAGAUCUCUGUGAUUCUGUGAUCUUUCUAUUUCCCUGUCUUUCUCCAUCCAUGUUCAGUGUCAGAGGUGCAGUGAGCACUGCCGCAGUGAAUGCCGUCCCUGCGGUCUGGGCGCUUGCAGGCACAGCAGCAUUACGUCCUGGUUUAGAGAAAAAUGUCAUCACUCGUGCAAAAUCUGUUCAAUUUCUGCUGCCAGCGGGGCUGGGGCCCUGCCCUGUGCUGGUCUCGGGGUGCUGGCAGCACUGCGCCUCGCUGCUGCUGCAUCGCUGAGCGCCACUCGCAAGCUGCAUCUCUGCGUGGCGUGCAUGGCGAGGUGGAUAUUACGUGUUUACGUGCUAUUUUGUUAUGUUACUGCUUUCUAAUGAUUUUUUUUUUUAGCUUUUUAGGAAAAAAAGCUAUGUAUGCAAACUUGUGCUGUGUGUUAUGUAUUCUUUGCAUUUAUGCAUAAAUAUCCCAUGGGCAUUUAUUUACAAUAAAG